AUGGCGCCUUCUGAUAUUUUACCGCAAGGACAAAUGGAGCAUCUAGACUCCGAGGAGUUCUCCAUGGGUUUGGUCACUCAUAGGGAAGAGGACGCUGUUGAGCAAGAUGAAGCUGAAAUCGCUGUUGUACCUGGAAUUAUGAACCUAAAAUCCUUUGGUGAAGGUUAUAGGUCCACCCAGCGUGAUUCAAGCUCAGUCGCCUCCGGAAGUUCCAAAACAUCGUUCAUGAGAUGGCAUUCACAAGGUAACCUCCUCAUGGAGAUGAAGCGUGAAGAUGCACGUAUAAGAAGAGAAGCAAAAUCUAUAAUAGAUAGCUCCUCUCGUAGCGAUUCUUGUGAAGGCGAAUUCGGACAGGUGCGACCUUGCGAAACCCCGGAACUAGACCCCGAUGAAUUCUCUACACAGAUACAUACACUAUUCUUUACACCGCAUUCGCACUCUCAACCAGUCAACAACGAUGUUGUAUCGUUCCUACUCAAGACGUUUCGUGAUAUGGAAAACUCUAAGUUGAUAUCUGCGCCAUUUGAGCUCACAUCGGAUAUAGAACAUUUUCGUGGGCGUAUUUUCGAGGUCAUGAAUCGGGAAUUCAACAGUGUUACACUUUCGGAAGCAUUAAUCACAGUGGCUUUCAACCAAUAUGCCGGAAUGACACAUCCAGGAUACAUGACACUAGAAGAAUACCUAGCAAUGAUGGAAACCUACAAGGGUGUUUUCGCCAACGAUACUAUGACCCGGUUCGUGUUUGAUUCGAUGGACCGACGACGUAAGCUAAUGAUAUCUCUCAACGAUUUCAUUGCCGGUAUGAUGGCAUGCUCACCACAAGCGGUACACAAGGUGAACAACGCAGCUGGUCGCUUACGGUUGCAGCAUAUUUUCCGAGCAUAUGAUGUAAAACGCAAGGGCUAUCUUAAUAGAGAAGCUCUUGGCGUGAUGCUUGCACAUAUACAACAGCUUGAACGCAUUACUAACAGCCUGAAGGUUGAAGGCAUUGCUAGCAUGAACAAGUCGUUCAGUUCAAUGUGCUCAAAUGGAGGUUUGACAGAGCUGGAUGAUCAAGGAUCUGGUCGCACCGUAGAAGAGAUGAUGGACUUGAUCAUGUCUACACAUGAAGAUGGGUUUGGUUACGACGCAUUCUACUCAUGUGUCGAAAAUGGUUUGAUCAAGGGAUCACACCUCCUAUUGAGAUCAGACAAGGACUUUGCAGAAAUGGUUGGACAACAUCUCAUAUAUGCACUGGGCCAUGUGGUACUGCCUUCUGCCACCGUAGUGGCGAAUGAAGAAUUGCCGCCACCAGAAAAUAUUAAAAUACUAUUAAACGAAACUGAACAGGCGCCUUACAGCAAUGAUAACCAGCCAAACCAAUCACAAGAAUCGGUGAAGAAACCUUCAUUAUGGUCUACUUCAAACUCUCCACGGUCUCCGGAGGCUUACAAUCUGGCACAAUCUAGAUAUCUUGUCAAAUUCGCACAGGAAGAUUAUGGCCUAGGAUCCGAAUCGGGAAGGAACCACAUACAGUUUGGGGAUUCUCACGUGUCGAAGUCGGCUAGAGAUCCUUACAACUUCUCGGGGAUGGGUUCGGGCAGGAGACCUCUGUUCCACGCUGAGGCACCAAAAUCAAAGUCUUUGGAAGGCACUAACCUUUACCCAAGUCCACAACCAUUUGCCAAGAAGUAUACGCCUCAUAAAUCAAAGGCGAGGUUCGGAACUGGUGAAACCGAUUACAAUUUCCAGUCUCAUGGAGAAAGGACCAUGUUUUCUGGCGAUGGUCUAGCAUCAUCGCAAUGGUUGUCAAAUUCUAAAGAAGAUGAUGACGAUGUAUAUCCCUAUCACAGCGGAUUGAGGCGUGUAAGGCCCUUUGAAACUGAUCUUGGUGCUAUCCCGGUAAGUGAUGAAACACACCUGUCGCCAUUUACGCAUAAUCGUGGUUCAAAUGCUGAUUGUCCAAGUGGAUGGCGUGAAGUACACAAGCGAGCAGAUACAGAUGGUGUUCUGGGCAAUGUAGAUCAUCUAGGACAACGUGGUAUACGAGCGAGUAACUUGGAGUUCUCUACAUCGGCAGACUCAACAGAAAACCAUAUAGAGGUCCCUGAGCUAGUUCUACCUUCUUCACACAAAAUAGUGGACCAACAGUGCAAAGACCUGGGCACCAGUAUUGAACCGGCUGUACCUGUAGAGCCAUCCGUAGGUGUGAUAGCUGGUUUUACUGGCCAGAGUGGCGUGCAAUUUUCUGAUAACGUGGCUGGUGAAUCUCCCUCUGUGUUUUCAGGUGGUGACGGUCGUACCGUUGGCACACCUGGCAAGGUCCAAGAUACCGAGCUCGAUAUCAUUCUUAACAGACGAAUGGUAGAUCUAUGCCGUAGAUACCGCGCUAGAUUCAUAGGUUUCAAUAGUCGCAUGCUAUCUGAUUAUGCUGUGGCUUUGAAGGUUUUCGGAGGGAUAUACAGGAUUGCAUUCAAAUGCAAUAACUACCGGUCGGCGUUUAAAAAAUUCGACUGGUGUUCUUACAACGAGCUGCUCGAGCUUUGCGAUGUGGUUUCUAAUAUAGUGAAGCAGGAGACCACCGUCGUUAAUCUCCAGGGCACAACACAACUUCAUGGGCCCCUAAAUGGGAAUGUGUUAACGCUUCUGGAGUCAUUCAACUCUUUGGGGUGGCCACUGCAUGGUGAGAGUUGCGAUAGCGGCGUCAAUAAGCUACUAGAUGCGGGAAUGUAUGCCAAGGGGGAGGCCACCAAAUUGAUAUUCUUAGGUGAUAUGAUAGGCGAUGUUGAAGGUUUCUCCUUGGAGACACUGAUGGUACUGUUUUCCCUGAAGAUCUUGUUCCCAUAUCACGUAUUUCUGUUGCGUGGCGGACGUGAGGCACGUCAUAGGGACUAUAAAUCGCCUUUGUUCCGUGAGAUAUGUACAAAGCUCCGUGACAACGCAAGAAUGCUGAAAUUGGGAAAUGACGAGGCGCUACUGGUGCAAAGCGCCCACGAGCUUUACCACAGGAUAUAUGAUGUAUUUGAAAACUUAUCUUUGGCAGCAUGCAUUUCCGAGAGAAUAUUGUGUAUUCAUGGCUCAUUGUCUAAGAAGUUCUGCUCUCUGGAUCACUUGUCUAACAUUCCAAAGCCAAUCGUCAUCUCUUCAUCGGUAAAGGACGACAAUCAAGCUAUGGUGGCCUACACAAACCUACACACGCGUAAUGCGCUAUUUAGUAGUCUUUCCCCAGUCGCAUAUGAUGGCAGUGAAGACCAAUUUCAUGUGAAGUUCACGGAGGAUGCGAUGAUCCGCUGCUUGGACCUAGCUGGAGUAUCACUUCUGGUUACUUCUGGCUCUGUCGCUGACUGCGGGUACUCGUACGUCUAUGGAGACCGCGUGCUUCAGUUAGGCGGUUGUACCGCCGGUGGCACGUACUCAGCAGCGCUGCUCAGGGAGCAGCGCAGCAUGCACUACUUUAUCACGCAUCGGUCACUGCCAGUUUCAUCCUUGUCAUGA